AUGUCCACAGAGGUUUCCGGUAUCGGUAAUGUGAUCAAUGUGACACUACCAGAACCGCCACCAAGUCUUCCUGGUCGUCUCUGGGAUACGUCAAGAGAUGAACACCACAAGUAUUUACUUCUAUCUCAUGCUAUAAGUCAUGGGAACUUGCAAGGUGUAAAAGAUUACCUAGACCAACAUCCAGAAGCCUUGAGUGAAUGGAUAGACAAUACCGAGACGCCAUUGCUCAAAGCUUGCAACACAGGACAACUAGAAAUCGUCAAAGAACUGUUAAGCAGAAUGUCAACCCUGGAACAUUUGUUGACCCCGAGGGUAAAACAGACUCAUUCCCGCCUUACACCGCUCAUAGUUGUUGCGGCCACCGGGAAUUUGGAGAUCGCCAAGGUUUUGGUUGCAAAGUGCCCCAAGCUCACUGAGAUUCCUAGUAGUUGUGGGAUAUUUAUACCCGUCUUAAAGGCAGCUCUUGAUGGUCAUAAAGAGAUGACAAGUUUUCUUUAUCUCAACACCCCUCUUCCCAUUUUACUCGCUAAUGAAGGACAAUUCGGUUCCCGUGUCCUUUCAACUGUUAUACAAUACGGAUUUCUCGAUAUUGCUAGGGAGAUUUUUGAACGGUGCCCAGGCUUGAUACUCAGUUCUGGCAUAGAUGAACGUCAUGGUAUUCCACUUAAUCAUUUGGCUCAAAACGCUGAAUUGUUUGAGAGCAGUUGUGAUCUUCCAUGGUGGAGCCAAAAGAUCUACUCGUGUAACUACUCUCUUGAUUUCUUACAUAACUGA